GAACUGAGCAACUGACCACAUUGAGCGGCUAAAAUUUUUAGGUUACCUUUUUCCUUUUCCUCACCCUGAUAAUUUUUUUCCUCCUCUUCCUCCUAAUCUUCUUUUACUUAUUUGUUUUCUUCUUUGUCUUCUCCAUCAAUGCCGACCUUCGUCUCGGAGUCCUCAGGUCUCCGUCCUUGUCCAACCACCAGCACCUCUGGAGGAUUCUCCUUUCUUUUCCUUUCAACUGAAGGUUACCUUUUCACUCGCACUCUUGCCCUACACCUUUAUUAUCGCUCCGUCUUUGUCUCUUUCUCCACCCUCUUCUUCGGCUCCUAUUCUCCUACUCGACGACGAGACCGGGACCGGUUCUUCACCAGUGAGUGAACUGUGCUUGGGUGUCGAACACAUGGUUAUCAGUUGUGUUUUGUGUUCAACGAUUUUUGUGUCUAGAAGUGAAUAUUUUUGUGUUUCUAGUGAGUUGCUUCUUGAAACAGUGUUUUGAGAUUCAAGUGCUGCUUGUGGUAACAAAGUUUAAAUUAAUAUUGUGUUGUCAUCGUUGUCAUUCAGGAAUCAGAAAGAAGGAUGGGGACAUGCUUCGCUCAAACGCACUUCCAGGAUAAGGCGCUGGCGGGGGUUCCUCAGCUGCUCGAGGACAUGAAGCGCCUGGCCGAGGAUCAUGAGUCGGCCGACAUCGUGUUCCUCGUUGGACGAGAGGAUGUGCCAGUCUACGCUCACCGCAUCAUCCUCAUGGCAAGAUGCAAAAGCUUCCAGACAGCAAAGCGUGGAGAAAUCUGCCGAAUUCCAGGCUGUUCUGUGGCUCCAGCCGUGCCUGGAACUCCCACUCCAGUGAGACUGCCGCACUUCCAGGGCGACACAUUCCAGCAGUUCAUUCUCUAUGUCUACACUGGAAAGAUUAUUCUCCAAGACAGUGGCGUUUUCGAAAUGCUGAGUCUCGCUCAAGAACUUGGCGUGGAGGAGCUGAGAACUGCCUGUGAAGAUCAUGUCACAUCAACGCUUUCUGCCCUCAAUGCUUGCACAUUUCUAGCGGCUGCUCUGGAAAUCCAAGAUCGUUCAGCUUGUGGAAAAGGAACAAAAUCAUUUGUUGAGAGGUGUGUCGCGUAUAUUGGAGAAAACGCCAGUGAAUGUGUGAAAACGAAUUCUUUCCUCAAUUUACCAAAAGAUGCGCUUAUCCGUCUUAUAUCAUCAGAUUGUUUGGCUUUGGAGGAGGAGGACGUUUGGCGAGCCGUGCUGGCUUGGGCCAAGUACCAGGCGGGUGUGACCCAGCCCACGGCUCACUGGACCGAGGAGGAGCGAGCCCAUGUGUGCCAGCAUUUGGCACAUGUCGUCUCACAUGUAAGGCUGUUGCUCAUCGAUAGUCAGGUAUUCGCAGAGGAAGUAGAGCCGACGGGAGCGGUGCCGAUGGAGCUGUCACUGGAACGCUACCGCUACGCAGCGCUGCCCAACAAGUUCCGCGAGCGAUCGGAGGACAAGCGACUUCAGCCGCGGGUGUCGCUCAAGCUGUUUCCCGGCUCGAGCAUCCUGGUGGACGAGAAGACCUCCUACCAGCGCCUGCUCAACAGCUGGUUCGGCUCUGCCAAGCAGGUGUGGCAGUUGGUGUUCCGCGCCUCCAAGCACAACUACUCGGCCGAGGCCUUCCAUAGGCAUUGUGACGGUGUCGCGCCUACUUAUGUCAUCGUUAUGGGCGGACGAGGUGAGGUAUGCGGUGGGUUCAGUGAUGUGCCCUGGGGGAAGACCAACACCAAGAGCCACUACAUCCAGUCGGAGCGAGCAUUCCUGUUCACACUGAUCAACGGCAACCAGGAGAGCACUCCCACCAAGUACGACAUUGUCAAGAAGCCCUACGCCAUCUGCUAUCAUCCCGAAUGCGGUCCAAUCUUUGGUGCCGGCGCCGACCUAUUCAUAGCCAACAACUGCAACGCCAAUCUGGAAAGCUAUUCGAAUCUGCCACAUUCUUACAACGGCGAAAAUGCAUCCUGCAACUCCCUUAUGGGCGACUACAACUUCUAUGUUUAUGAUUAUGAAGUAUUCACACCUGUAGGAAAAUGAUUAUAAUAAAAGUUUAAUUUGUGCUAUUUCGUUAUUAGGUUAGUCUCUUCUAUCUAUAGAUUUAUUUCUUGUUCGUUUGUGCAUAAGUAGAUUUUCUAUUAAAAUGACUUCGAAGAA